UUGAAUAAUAAUAAAUUUCAUGAAUUUAGUGCUAAAUUAUUAAGAAUAUUGUAAGAAACUGAAAAAUUUAAUAAAAAUAGUGUUUUACAAUUAUAAAUCUAAUUUGAAAUAGUUAAAAUAUGGCCAAGUAUUUAGCACAAAUUAUUGUUUUGGGCGGCCAAGCUAUUGGCAAGGCAUUUGCUAAAGCCCUAAGACAAGAAAUAGCCGCUUCCCAAGAGGCUGCACGUCGUGGUGGUGGUGGACGUCAAGGAGAAAAGAGAUCGGAAGCUAAUGCUAGAACGGGCAUGACUCUGGAUGAGGCCAAACAAAUUCUCAAUCUUAACGAUUUGGAAAAUCUCGAACAAAUCACCAAAAACUAUGAACAUUUAUUCAACGUCAACGAUAAGGCCAAAGGUGGUUCUUUUUACAUACAAUCUAAAGUUUAUCGGGCAAAAGAACGUAUCGAUCAAGAACUGAAAGAGGCUAUAGAAGCUCAACAAGCUAAAAUAAAGAGACAAGAGGCCGCAGCAUCGGGGAAAGAUGAUAAACAACGAUGAGUGUUUUUAGUAAUUUUUAGAAUGUGCUUUAGUAAUUUCUUGUUUUUUUUUUAUAAAUUUUAUAAAUUUAAUUUCCUAUUACAAUUUUAUUGUAAAAGUUAAUACAAAUUUAUUAUUAUAAGAUAAAAACACAAAACAUUAUAGACUUUCAAAGAGUGUAUAGAUGAGGAGUUGUAUUGUGUUAGCAGGGAAUCUAUCAUCUUUGUUUAUAACUCGACUGUUUUGUAAAUAAAAUACAAUUUUUUUUAUAAGUUUUGCUUAAAUUGCUUUAUAAAAUAAGUUUGAUUUAAAAUGUUAUUAGCAAAUAAUGAACCGAUUGUUG